UUUACAGAUUGGCCACUGAUGAGCAAAACUCGUUAUCAAUCUAGACUAUGAUAAGAAAAUUGACUUCAUUCUUUACAAAAAAUUAUUUCUAUCAUCAACCAAUUUAUUAUUAACCGUGUUGACAUUCGCGACAGAUAAUUAAAUAUUAUGGAAAUGUAUUUUCAUUUCGGUGUCAAAGAGAACGCUAUUCUGUUCUAUGGAUGGAAAACAAGUGAUUGGCAAGGAAUUUUCGGCUCUGCUAUUGGAAUUGUUCUAUUUGGAAUUAUUUACGAAGGAUUAAAAAAUUACAGGGAGAAUGUAUACUUCAAAUUAACGACGUUGGGCCAUCACAGCCGAUUUAAAGAGUCACAACGAAAUUCCUUAAUUUCUGGUGUCCACGUUCUUCAAACAAUUCUGCAUAUAAUACAGUUUGUUAUGGGAUACUUUUUAAUGUUUAUAUUUAUGACAUUUAAUGCUUGGUUGGCAAUUGCCGUGAUUAUUGGAAUCGGUCUAGGAUAUUGGCUCUUUGCCUGGGAUAAAUACAAGAGUGAAGACUCUGAAUGUUGUACUUAACUGAAUAAAAUGUGUUUCAUAUGGAUUUUUUAUUUUCAUAUUUCAUCACUAUAUUUGAUGACUGUAGUGAAAUUGAUCAGCUUGAGGAUGAUGUUGAUAAAAUAAUGGUUGCAGCCAUGGUCUUUAGAUGUAUUUUUAUCUUAAAUUAUUGCUCAUGAUGCUUAUUUAAACAGAUAAAAGUCUAACUUUCUUAUCAAAUUAUCGGUCAAAAUUCACAAUUUUAUCAUAACGAUAAAAACUCGUGGUUGGAAAAUCAUUUUAUUCAUUUAAGUUAAUAAUGAAUGAACGAAGUACUGACAAUAUUUGUUGUCGACGUGAUUUAAAUACGUUUGAUAAUUCAUGUAAUAUGACUUUAAAUAAAAUAAUUUUUGGAUGGAAUUCAUUCAACAGUAAAAUGUGGUUUCUUUCAAUAUUUUUAUUUAUCAUUUGGUGCUUUGUCUACUUUCUUACUUAUCAUCCUCAAAAUAGUCAUGAAGAUCAUACUGGAAAUACUGGAAUGCAUUGAUAAAAAAUCAUUAAUCAAUGAAAGUCUUUUAUGUAAUCAAUUUACUCUAACAAUGAAGACACCUGCAGUAAAAUCAAGCUUUAGCAAUAAAUUUGGAGCCGGAAGUAAUUUAUUGUGGCGAAUCGGUCGUUCAUUAACGAACAUCUUGUAAAGUUUCUUCAACCUUACAAGUGUCUAGACAACCUUGGAAUGUUUAAACGGAAAUUUAUUAUUUACUGGCAUCUAAUGUUUAGUAUAAUAAAAAAUCAAAAAGUAUUUAAUUAAUCCUGAAAAAAUUGAUAAUACAUCAUUAAAUGAUUCUUUUAUUCUAAAAUA